ACGAGAAGCGCUCGCGCCGUGACGCUGCGUAACUGGGCGCUAGGUGAUGUAGGGAAGCUGUGGAUACUGACAUUAGGUUUAUCUCUAAAAAAAAAAAAAAAAAAAAUACAACGACAGUCACCUUUAAACUCGCAUACAUGGCGAAGCAAAGCUCUCUUUUCAAUUUUUUCACCAAGUCACCGCCGCAGGUCUCCAAGUCGAAGCCUAGUCCGUCUCCGGCCGAGGCAGACCUGCCUUCCUCCGUGGAGAAGUCCAACUCCUCUCCGAAAGAGCAAGCUAAACAGACACCACAACAACCGGCCAAGACCAGCAAAGUCAAACCGAAAAGUGACUCCAAGUCUGCCAAAGGUGGAUUCAAGAAACUGUUUGGCGACAAGGCCCCAGCAACCAAAGAACGCAAUUCCACAUGCUCAUUCAGUGCCGGUGCCCUUGUGUGGGCAAAACUGGAGGGGCACCCCUGGUGGCCGUGCAUGGUGGUACCCCAACCUCUGACUGGACAGCAGAUGAGAGGCCGCGGUCAAAACCAGCGCAUACAUGUCCAUUUCUUUGAUGAACCUCCUACUAGAGGAUGGGUCAGCACCAAAUAUGUCAGAGAAUACCAAGGCUCUGACAGCAGUGAUGCUAAAACUGGAGGGGUGUUCUUCAGCGGUAAGCCUGUGAUCCGCCGUGCGAUGGAGCUCGCUGACGGAGUCAUGUUUGACAGCACUGAAAAAAGAUUAAAGAUGCCUCUCUGCACAGAUCCAUCAGAUGAGGAGGAGGAGGAUGAAGAAAUGGAGGUUGACGAGUCAAGAGAAACUGACGAAGAGGUCAGCGAUGAAGAUGACCAGAAAAAAGUGAAGUCAUCCAAAGCCACCCGCCGCUCAGCCCGUGCUUCAACAGAAAAGAGCAACAAGGCCAAGCGGCGUCGGAUUAUUGAAGCCUCAGACAGUGACGGCUCAGAUGAGGAAUUCAAACCAGAACAUGCUGCGUCGAGCAGUGAGGAUGAAGAGGAAGAAGGGACAGUGAGUAGUGAAGAAGAAGCAGAGGAGAGCACACAGGAGUCAGAAGUAGAAAGCCCCAUCAAGCCUGCAAAGCGCAAACGUCCUGCAGAAAAGUCUGCUAAUGCAAAAGUUAAAGUAACCCCCGCCCCGCCCACUGCACCUAAACGCGCUCCAGCAUCUGUUGCAGCCGACACGAAGUCUCGCUUGUCAGCCUUCUCUGCCCCUGACAACUUCGAGAGCCAAACAAGUGGUUCAGGCGCCAGUGGAGGUGCAACAGUUUGGGACCACGAGAAGCUGGAGUGGUUGCAGGAUGGCAGGAGGAAAGACAGCCGAAGGCGGCGACAGACAGAAGAUGACUACGACCCUACUACCUUGUAUGUGCCUGAGGACUUUCUAAACAGAAACACCCCUGGUAUGCGUCGGUGGUGGCAGCUCAAAUCUGAGAUGUUCGACACCGUGAUCUUCUACAAGGUGGGGAAGUUUUAUGAGCUCUACCACAUGGAUGCUGUGAUUGGAGUGAACGAGCUGGGACUGACUUUCAUGAAGGGGACCUGGGCGCACUCUGGCUUUCCAGAAAUCGGCUUUGCGCGUUUCUCAGAUGUACUGGUCCAGAAAGGCUACAAGGUGGCCCGAGUGGAGCAGACAGAGACCCCAGAGAUGAUGGAAGCUCGCUGUAAGACCAUGGCUAAGCCCACAAAAUAUGACCGUGUGGUGAAAAGAGAGGUGUGCCGCAUUAUCACACGUGGUACUCAGACCUACAGUGUGUUGGACGGUGCUCCUUCCGAGAGUCAAAGCAAGUUCCUCCUGAGCUUAAAGGAAAAGGCUGAAGAGGAGAGCUCCGGUCAAUGCCGCACGUACGGAGUCUGCUUCGUAGAUACCUCUGUGGGUUACUUUCAUGUAGGCCAGUUCUCAGACGAUCGUCACUGCUCACGCCUGCGCACCCUGAUAGCACACUUUUCCCCCGCUGAGGUGCUCUUCGAAAAGGGGAACCCAUCUGUUGAAACACGCAAAAUACUCAAGGCCUCUCUGUCCUCCGCUCUGCAGGAAGGCCUUAAUGCAGGAACACAGUUCUGGGAUGCGCAGAAGACUCUUAAAACCCUCUCAGAGGAAGACUACUUUAAGGAGACAGCUGGAAAAGAGCAGGGAACUGGAAACAAUUUUCUCCCUCCGCUCCUGAAAAAGAUGACCUCUGAAAGUGAUUCACUGUGCCUUACGCCGAAGGAUGGCUAUGAGCUGGCACUGUCUGCAAUGGGUGGAUGCAUUUUCUACCUGAAGAAAUGUCUCGUAGACCACGAGCUGCUCUCCAUGGCCAACUUUGAAGAAUAUGUCCCUGUUGAUGUUGAGAUGGAGAAAGCUGCUGGACCUGCCAGUUUCUUUGCCCAGACUCGUCAGCGGAUGGUGCUUGACGGAGUGACUCUGGCAAACUUAGAAAUCUUUCAGAAUGGGUCAGGGGGAACAGAGGGGACGCUGCUGGAGCGUUUGGACACAUGCUGUACCCCGUUUGGCAAGAGGCUGCUGAAGCAGUGGCUCUGUGCUCCCCUGUGUAACCCCACAUCCGUCAGGGACAGACUGGAUGCAGUGGAGGACCUGAUGGGAGCUCAGGCUCAGGCUACUGAGGUUUCAGACCUGCUGAAGAAGCUCCCAGAUUUGGAGCGUCUCCUGAGUAAAAUCCACAGCAUUGGCACUCCCCUGAAGGGCCAGGACCAUCCUGACAGCAGAGCAGUUCUCUACGAGGAGGUCACCUACAGCAAACGCAAGAUAGCCGACUUCCUCUCAGCUCUGGAGGGUUUCAAAACCAUGCAGGAGAUCAUUUCAGUCCUUGCUCCAAUUUCAGGUGACUUUCGCUCCACGUUGCUCCUUCAGGUCGUCAGUCUGAAAAGUGAAAAGGGUGGCCUCUUCCCAGACCUCUCUGCUGAACUCAAGCGCUGGGAGACAGCUUUUGACCACCAGAAAGCCCGCACCACCGGUGUCAUAACCCCAAAAGCUGGCUUUGACCCAGAGUUCGACCAGGCUCUGACUGGGAUCAAGAACUAUGAACGAGAGCUGCAGGAUUACCUGGACAGGCAGAAGAAGAGGCUUGGCUGUAAAAGCUUGUCCUACUGGGGAACUGGGCGAAACCGCUACCAGAUGGAGGUGCCUGACAGCGUCUCAGAGAGGAAUAUUCCUGAGGAGUAUGAGGUGAAAUCCACAAAGAAAGGCUGGAAGCGUUAUGUGACAAAGGAGACCGAACGGCUGUUCUCAGAGCUUCAAGGAUUUGAGGAGAAGAGAGACGCAGCCCUGAAAGACUGCAUGAGGAGGCUCUUCUACAACUUUGACAAAGACUACAAAGACUGGAAGACUGGUGUGGAGUGCAUGGCAGUGCUUGAUGUACUGCUGGCCUUGUCACGCUACAGUCAGGGUGGAGAUGGACCGAUGACCAGGCCACAGGUGGUGCUCCCUGAGGAUGACGACCAGGUAGCGCCCUUCGUUGACCUCGUUGGAUCCCGCCACCCCUGUGUCACCAAGACUUUUUUCGGUGAUGACUUCAUUCCUAAUGACAUCUUCAUUGGCUGCGCUGGUAGCGGUGAUUCUGAUGAGGAGAAAGGUCACGCCUUGUGUGUCCUUGUCACAGGACCAAACAUGGGUGGAAAGUCCACUCUCAUGAGACAGUGUGGGCUUGUGAUCAUCCUAGCUCAGCUGGGUUGCUAUGUUCCUGCUGAGAGCCUGCGCUUCACACCAGUUGACAGGGUCUUCACCCGGCUGGGAGCCUCAGAUCGUAUUAUGGCUGGUGAGAGUACCUUCUUUGUGGAGCUAAGCGAGACCGCCAGCAUCCUUCACCAUGCCACUAAACAUUCACUCGUGCUCCUGGAUGAAUUAGGAAGGGGCACAGCCACAUAUGAUGGCACAGCGAUCGCCAGUGCUGUUGUGAAGGAGCUUGCUGAGAAGAUCUGCUGUCGCACGCUCUUCUCCACACACUACCACUCCCUGGUGGAGGACUACGCCAACAACCCUGCUGUGCGGUUGGGCCACAUGGCGUGCAUGGUGGAGAACGAAUGUGAGGAUCCCAGUCAAGAAACCAUCACAUUCCUCUACAAGUUCAUCACUGGUGCUUGUCCAAAGAGCUACGGCUUCAACGCUGCUCGACUCGCCAGCCUGCCAGAGGAGGUCAUCCAAUCAGGACACAGGAAGGCCAGAGAGUUUGAGAAGAGCACCAUCAGCCUCAGAUUGUUCAAGAAGCUCUGCCAGUUUGCUGAAGGUGGUACUCAGGGCAACACACACUUUGCUUCACUUAUUCAGAUGCUGAACAACCUGUAGUUUGUAAAACAUCAUUUGUUCUUGCUGAUUGCUUUUUUUUUUCCUCUCAGCGCUUGAAAAAACACUACUGUAAUGAUCUAAUAAAGUUUAUUUUU